GGUGCAGUAUUUCCAUUUGUUUCGCUACGCAUCUUGGGAGCCUUGUGGUUGCGAAAAUUGCCGUUCAGAAGCAAGAACACGACAGCGAUCGCUAAGAUCCUCCGAUCCUUGGCUCAAGCAAGGCUAAAUGUAAGAGAAGUUACAAUCAGGUUGGAAGUGGCAUAAAAUCAUCCCCAGAGACCCAUUGUCUCUAGUUUGAGGAGCAUCAGAACCUUUGAAGGGGGACUCCGGGUCGAAUAUAAGCCCCGUCCAGCGCAUAAUUCGUGACUUUACAAGAACAAGACAUGCUGCUUUGACUUUCAACAGCAGCUGGCCAACAGCCAGAUCGUCUUCUGCUUGAGUGAAAUAAAGCGAAGCCAUGAAGUCGCUUUGAGAGAACGAAAGUAAUUACCAGGCCAAUUAGACAAUGAAAUACCUCCACCUAUGUCUUCUUGCCGGCUUCUCGGGAUGAGAGGCCUUCAAAACCAGAAAGAAUGUGGAGACUCAAAUCCCAACGUGCUCUCCCGGACAACCUCUAGAGGGUGUAUAAGAACAGAAAACAUGACGCUUAUGGAACGAAAGUCUGUUUCAUAUGUCAGUCUGACAUGGAAGGCAUAAGAAGUAUGUAAUGUGACGGGUAUCACGUGUGCUCGAGGGACUCACGGUACUCUUUUCUGCCCCUUCAAGUGCUAUCAGCUGUUUUCAUCUGCCAAGGGUAAAAGCGAAGCUUACUUGAAGGGACGAGCCGAAUUCUAACAGUAUAUUCAUGGCAAAUUACAAUUCUCAAAAAGCCAAAAAGGCCUUCGCUUGUAGGACUUAUCCUCAUGGCAGAGAACGUGAAUUUCUACUUCCGGUCAGUGUGCAAGGUCUGCAAUGUGUACUAGACUUGGUGAGCAGAGGAUAUGAGUCUAGACAACACUAUCGACUCAUCGAUAGUGUUAUUAUGUAAUUUUCUCCAGUGAAAGCAGUGAGCUUGGUUGAUCAAUGCUUGGAUCAUGUGCAUCACCAAACGCGACGAGCCCAAGGAAGCGUCCGGCUUCCCGCGUUGGUGGAAAACGGACCACGUGCUGUUGAUGGGUAAACGGCGCGACAGAAUCAACCUACAUGUUGCAUCCUGCUGGACUCAUUGAAUUUGCCCGACGAAGCACUCUUCAAAUGACGCGAGGUUAACAGGCACACAAUUGACGCGUUUCACAGCACUGUAGAUCCGUCGAUCCUUGCAUGACCUGCACGUCACCCCGCCAACGUGUCGCGGAACAUAAACACACCGAAGCUUUGAUGUAUCAAUACCUUCAACAACGAUUCAGCACAACGAUUCAGGAUAUCAACGAAACAUUGAUUGGCAUGGCUCUGGAUCCACGAUUAAUGCCGGGAGUGGCUGCGGAAAUGCGCACUGUGAGAUCCUCUGCUUCGACUCCAUCAUUACGAUCGCGGGGAAGCGAUAUGACAAUGGGGAGAGAUGCGCCAGGUGGAAAUGUUCGGGUUGUGGUCAGGGUUAGAGCAUUUCUUCCUAGAGAAAUAGAAAGAGGGGCAGAAUGCCUGAUUGAGAUGAAUCCAAAUACCCAAGCAACAAGCCUUCUCGUACCCAACGAUACAGAUCCUGCAAAUACACGAUCCAAGACGAGGAAAGUAAUCGAGGAGAAGUCUUUUACAUUUGACAAUUCUUUCUGGAGUCACGACACGAAGGAUGAGCAUUAUGCUCAUCAGGAGGAUGUCUACAACAGCCUGGGCGAGGAGUUCUUGGACCACAACUUCGAAGGAUACCAUACCUGCAUAUUUGCAUAUGGCCAGACGGGUUCUGGGAAGAGUUAUACCAUGAUGGGAACUCCUGAUCAGCCUGGUCUCAUCCCGCGGACCUGCGAGGACCUCUUCCAGCGAAUCGAGGCAGCCCAUAAUGAAACCCCCAAUAUAUCAUACAACGUCAGAGUUUCCUAUUUCGAAGUUUACAACGAGCAUGUCCGCGACUUGCUUGUACCAGUACAUCCCAAUCAACCUCCAUAUUAUCUCAAGAUCCGAGAGUCGCCCACGGAAGGACCGUAUAUCAAGGAUCUCACUGAUGCUCCUGUACGAAAUAUAUCAGAAAUCAUGAAGUUUAUGAAGAUGGGAGACGCAAGUCGAACAACGGCAAGCACAAAGAUGAACGAUACCAGUAGUAGGAGUCAUUCUGUCUUUACAAUAAUGCUAAAGCAAAUCCACCACGACAUGGACACGGAUGAAACCACGGAGCGCACUGCUCGAAUCCGGUUGGUGGAUCUGGCAGGUAGUGAGCGAGCGAAGGCAACAGAAGCAACAGGCGCACGUCUGAGAGAAGGAAGCAAUAUCAACAAAUCUCUGACUACUCUCGGUCGCGUAAUCGCUGCCUUAGCAGACCCUAAACAACAACGACCAGGCAAGAGAAGCAAGGAUGUAGUCCCGUACAGAGACUCAAUUCUCACGUGGCUAUUGAAAGAUUCGCUUGGAGGAAACAGCAAAACCGCUAUGAUUGCAUGUAUAGCACCGUCUGACUACGAUGAGACACUCUCCACUCUCAGAUACGCAGACCAGGCCAAGAGAAUCCGUACUAGAGCAGUUGUCAACCAAGAUCACGUAUCAGCUGCUGAGCGCGAUGCGCAGAUUGCUGCUAUGGCGGAAGAGAUCCGUAUCCUUCAAAUGAGCGUAUCUGAUAACCGACGCCGCGAGAAGGAAGACAAGGCACAGGAGGAGAAACUGGAGGAGUAUCAGAACCGAGUCGUUGCCAUGCAGCGUAUGAUGGAGGAGAAAAGUAUGGUUGCCGAUGGCAAGAUCCGAAGCCUUCAGACGGAGAACGAUGCCCUCAGACUACAUCUUAAGCUCGCGCUCGACAGCUUGAAAAACCCAAUCGAUGUUCGAAGCGCCAGAAGCAGUAUCCAUGGACCUAGUAGGAAAGGCAGCAUGUUUGAGGCUAGUGAGAGAGGCGAUGAAAACAAAGAGAAUGAUGACAUGACAGAGGUUCCAGAAGAAGAGUAUGGUGAUGAGGAUGAGGGAAUCGACGUCACGGCCCACGAGGAACGAGCCAAUGAGGUUCAGGCUUUCAUGAAGGAGCUUCUAAAUGACCUGGGCAUGUUCAAACGUAAGAUUGGUGAUGACAAGAGUCGUUUUGUCUCUCCACUGGGGGAGAGGGUGAAUUGA